UUCGUCGACUCGUCGUAGUGUUCGUGUUUUGGUUUCAUUCAUGUGCUUUGUACAACAGUACUCGGCGAGUCUGCAGUAGACAUAUUUUAUAUGUAUUAUUAUACUUAAAGCAUACCUUUAACAAAUACGACACGCGAUACCUAACCACCCAACUAUUAUACGGAUGACUGGAUUAACCAUCACGAGAAAACUUACACAUCAAAACACAUUCAUCGGUCUAUAGGAGUCCGGAAUACAGGUGUCGUAUACAUUUCAGGACUGAGUGAUCGAGGCUUCCCGCGUCCAUUGAUCGAGUUCUCUUUUCUAAGUUUCAACUGCAUACAAUACAGAUAACUGUAUACUGAUAAAGCUAUAUGACUUCAAAUAUCUGACUUGUCAAAUUGCGGUGGUCGCACUUUUAUAUUAAUUAUUUUAAUUUUAUUUUUGACAAUAAUAUUUAAUACAAAGUUGUAAAAAUGCAUAAAUGUAUAGUGUGCGGCAAUACAUCUAAUAAAACCAAGGUCCACCGUCCAGGAGUUAAUUAUCAUGGAAUUCCCAAGAAUGAACACAUGAGAAGAAAAUGGCUUAAAGUUUUUGGAAUUGAUCGUUGUCAUGAUUGGCAACGUAUAUGUAGUGAUCAUUUUUUAGAAGAAAACUAUAAGCCAGGAAAAAAGAGAUUUUUAUUUUCAAAUACUAUUCCGCAACCUUAUGAUCGAAAUGGUUUUCCUUCUAAUUAUGCUACUCAAAGUAAUGAUGUCGAAACUGGAAAUAAUGUAAUUUUACCAAUGGAACAAAAUAUUAUAAAAGAGGAACAUAUUGGAAAUACUGUUGUAAACCAUUUUAAAUCACCAAGGCAGUCAUCUAGACUUACUAGAAACAAUGAGGAUAUGAGUAAUACAAAUAUGCCGGACCAUACUUUAGUAUCUGGAUUACAAUGUUCUGUUAGAAAUUGCUCUAACAGGCUUUCAAAGAAUUUUAGUCUCUUUGAAUUUCCGAAGGAUUUGAUGUUGAGAAAAUUGUGGAUGGAAAAAUGCGGAUUAAAAAAAAAUCUUUUUGAUAUGAGUAGUGAAAGAGUUUGUAGUAAUCAUUUUAGACUAAACCGUUUCAUGAAUUCUGAAGUAAAGCCCAGAUUAAAACCAGGUGCUGUUCCAUCAUUAUUUUUAAAUACUGAUAUAGUAAAUACAAAAAAUAUUCCAUCAACAAGUUUCUGUGUCAAUAGAUGGCUUUUCCAGUUAAAUAAAAAACCAUCUAGUUCAUCUAGUUCAUCAUCAAAUUUUGUUACAAAUAUGGAAAUCAACAAAAUCCCCUUAUCGGUGUUAAUAAAAUCAACUACUCGCAAUUCUAAGGACUUUGAAGUUUUUUGUUCUGUACCAGAAUGCAUAACUAAUACUAAAAAGGAGGUUGAAGAUAUUUCCCUUUUCGUACCAACAAUGGAAAAUGUAAAAGAGUGGAGCAAAAUUUUAGGUGUGAGGUUGACAGGGACUAGUAUUUUGUGUGAAAAACAUUUCCGAUCCCAAGACAUGGUCCAAAACGAAUUAUUUGUAAAUGGUUUACAAACACAAUUAAAAGUAUUAGCACCUUUUGCUUUGCCAGUGCCAAUUAAUGAGGAGCCUAUAUUGAGUACAUCUGAAGAUCAAUUCAUAAGUGCAGUAGACAAUGAAGCUGCUGAACAGUCAUCAGAAGAAAAAAAAAAUAAUUUAGAAGAUGAUACAGAUAAUACUUCCAUGACAAUUGAUCUUACAAUUGAUGAUUCAUCUAGUAGUUCGUUGUCCAUCACUUUGGAACCAAUGGAGGAAAGAACCUCACAAUGUAUUAAAAUGAAUGAUUGCAAUACUGAGUAUUUUACAAGCGAUGAACACGGGCUUAUUUUUGAAAUGUCUAAGGAAGUUGUACUUCCUAGUUUAUAUUGGAAGAGUGAACAUCUUAAUAUACAAAAUGCAACAAGGUUUUUUCAACGAGACGCUAAUGAUGUAACUGUGAAGAAAGUUAAUUUUUAUAACAACCUUGUGCCAACAAUACAAAUAUAUGGCAAAAAAUACGAAUAUAAUACACCUAUUAAAACAAAGGAAGAGUUGGACAAUCUUUUAGAAAAAAUCGAUAGUAUUGAAAAAUGUUAUGGUAGAGGUGGAUUUGUCUUUGAACAAUGUAAAGGGUAUUUUGAAAAUAGUUUAGAUAAUAUGUGUUCUGGCUGUCAAGGGUUGGUAAAAGAUCAAGAUUUGCAAAGAAUGAAAGCAAAACUUGAGGCUAAAAACAAAAAAUUGGAAAGUUUUAAAAACAGAAUUGCUGAAAAGAAAGAAACGGUAUUAAAACUAAGAAGAAAAAUGGCAGAAAUUAAAAGAAAUCGUCAACUUCAACUAGCUUUAAAACCAUCUGAAAUUUCAAAUAUUACGAAGCCAUAAAUAUUAUGCAUUGCAUUUGCCAAUUUUUAUUAUAUUUAUUAGACAAUUGUAUUUUUAUUUUAGUUAAUUUAUAAAGAGAAGUUUAAAAUUGUA